AUGGAUAACUCGAAGCAGAGCAAAUCUGAGCCAAGUGCCAAAGGCUCAUCAGCAUCAAAUUCCAUAAGCCGUGCUUCCUCUGACACCAAACACGCGCAUCGUCGUCGCUCGUCUCCGAUGAUCCCUCGUCUGUCCUUGCGCAGUUUGGCAAACUUUGUCUUGCCCAUAACUGGCAACAAUAACAGUAGUGGAACACGAGCAGUGUCUUCUCUGAUGCCGUCGUCGAGAUUAAUGAAUCGAGACGCGUCAUCGUCGUUGGCAAUCGGCACGGAUCCGUCGUCGUCGUCAUCUGUUCCGCAUCAUCGGACUGUGACUGCGAUUCAUCAGCCCGGUGCUGCUUCUGUUCACAGAGGUGAGAAGGGAGCUGAGGACGCGUUUGCCAUUGCUGAGGAUUACGCGAGUUUCCGCGAGGAUUUCCCGGUGACUGAGUUGGAGGCGGCGUUGAAGCGGGACUCGAGGCUGAGUGCCGCCCUCAGGGACGUGAUGAGUGGGCAGAAUUUCCUGCUGAAGCUGAACGUGGUCUCGCAGCGAGUGGCCAAGGACGAGAGCAUUGCCAGGCAGAACCUUAAUGCGACCAAGAUGUAUAUUCCAAAGUCGAUGAAAGCAUGGCUCAUCAAGCAAAAGUUCAAAGUUUUGCACAACAUUGCGCCGUCGGGAAUUGUGGGGAGCUUGCGAGAAAUGCUGGUGAAUGAAGACACAGAUCGAGACAUCAAGGACCUCAAGAAAGAAGUGAAGCCAGUGGGGAAGUUUGGAUAUGAUCGUUCCGGACGUCCAUUGAACGAGCCCUUGGCUGAAGCCGAAACGCAUCCGGAUGACAUCAUAUUCCGACCGGAUGGAAAAGAAAACAUGCUCAUUUCCGGUGCUUCGGAUGCUAUUGUCCUCAAAUACAAACCCAAUCGCGGUCGUUACUACGUUGCCGCCCGGCAAAUCCAACCCGGCGAAAUUCUGCUGGUGGAGAAGCCAUAUGCUUCAGUCCUGUUCGCUGAUCGCUGGGCCAGCAAUUGUCAGUAUUGUGGGGACGAGGUCCAGAAUGGGGUUCCAUGCCAAGACUGCGCAGCGGUGAUUUUUUGCUCUGACACGUGCAUUCGAAAGGCCAAGCAGUUUCACGAUAUCGAGUGCGGACACAUGAGGAACUUGGCACAGUUUGCCGUUCCGCUCGGCGGCUAUUUGGCGUACCGCAUGAUUACGUGCCACCCGCUGGAUUACUUUUUGCAGAGGAAGAAAGACAUCAGUCGAAUGCUCGAUCCGUCGACACGAGUGAUGCCGUUGGGGUUCAUGCAAGCAAACGAGUACAUUAACGUGUUUUGUCUGACUGACCACGCUGAUCAGAAGUCGGCUGAUGAAAUUCGAGAGAACAUGAUCACUGCCUUGUACUUCACCAAGUUGCUGGAAUCUGCGGAAUAUUUCGGCAAAGACCCGAGGAUGGAAGACAAGGUGUACAUCGCCAUGCUGCUGCUGCGGAACCUGAUGGUAUUCGACUGCAGCCACUUCACGUACCAUCAAAGGCUGCUGUCAGAGAAGAACGGCCUUGUUGAACCCGACGACCGAGGAAUGGCCAUCUUUUCAGCAUGCAGUUUGGCAAACCACUCGUGCAACCCGAACGCGUCUCACUACUUCGUGAAGUCUCACCUUGUUUUCCGUUCAUUCGGUGUGAUCCAGGAGGGGGAGGAUGUCACCAUCAGCUAUGGUGAAGUGUUUGCCAGCUCAGACCGAGACACUAGACGAGACUAUCUCAAGGGCUACUACUUCAAUUGUGGGUGUGAGGCCUGUGCUGGUGACUGGCCACAGCUGGAUGAUAUAGAGACCAAGCUCAAGUGUCCUCAUUGCCGAACACAAGUGCCUGGUGAAAAAGUGGAGGAUAUGCUCAAGUUGUCAUGCCCUCAGUGCAAAAUGGCGUGGAAAACUUUCGUAUUGCAGUUUAUGAAUGUGAAGAAAUUGGCAUUGGAAGCUGAAGAGAAGCUGAAAAACGGUGAUGUGAAGAAUAUCCGAGAUCAUGUCUGGCACGUGCAGGAGUACCUCAAGGCCUUGUAUGUGGUCACCAGCAAGCCAGAUGCCGAGUUCUACACUGUUGCCAAUGAUCUGACUUAUUUGCACAACCUGGAAAGCCUGGUGGUUCAACGAGAGGCAGAAGAUCUCCAUUUCGUGAAAGCGGAAAGUGUGGGUGUCGCUAUAAAAUCCGAAAAGACUGGGAAACGCAGGUCUGGUAAGACGAAAGGAUCCAGUAGCAAGGAAUCUGUAGGUGAUGAGGAUCACAUUCGAGGUCCACCACCACCCCCGGGAUCCAACUAUGGCCAAUACUUGCCCUGAUUGUAUCCAUUUUUGCUUUACCCUAGUCUGGAUGAUGUCUGUCUUCCAAAAUGAAUUGAAUUUCACCCAAAGUUUCCCUUGUACUGUACUGUAUGCGGAUGAUGCUUCUCUAUUGAUUAGUUCCUUACUCUUGGGCAUUUCUGAAGCGAGAAAAAAUUGGAACAGCUCAGACACCAGAAGCGCACCGCUUGAAUGUGAGUUAACCCCUGUAGUAGUGUUCACUGUGGAUACCAAAGAACUUUAUUUUUUAGAACCAAAAAGUGGUCUUGAUUGAGUUGCGAACUUCCUUCCUUGGUUUGGAUGUGUUAGUUCCCCUUGAAAACGCUCCCCUCUUCAAAGUCACAUACAAACAUUGAAACAGUGAAGAAGAAGAAUUAAAUGUAAGCCCACCUGCAUAUUCAAUUACCUUUCUUGGGAGUUGUAAACAGAUCUUUUGCAAGUAUUUUAAAUCCCCUUCAAGAAAAAUAUUCUUGAAAUUGUUGUGGGUAGCUUCUCUUGCCUUGUUAAGGUAGAAUAGUUUGUUUUGAACAGAAUUUGUUGAACAUUCAAAUGUUUGGAAUUGAAAAAAAUUAAGUAUGGCCAUAUAAUGUAAAAUUACCAUAAUAAUGAUCAUCACUGC